AUGGAUCAGAUCGUGUUCGGCGGCGGCACGUCCGACUACGAUUACGACUACGGCGGCAUCACCGAAUCGGGCAAUGGAGGCGGCAUCUGCUUGACGAAGCCGUGGAUACAGCAAGAAGCGCGCUUCCGAGAAUGUUUCCUUCCCGUCGUCGCUGCCAUUCCGGCCAUCUUCGCGGCACUCGUCGUUCUGGGCCAGUUUGUCCGCUUCACGGCGCCGCGGUCUUGGCAGCCUCGCUGGACGAGGCCGUUUGUUCAGGAAGUCAUUGAGCCCGUCCUCGACGUGGACCUCAUUCCGCGCCGGACAUGGACGCUGCAGACGCUGGGACUCGCAGUGACAUGCAGCCUUGCAUUCUUGCUGCAUCUUCUUCCCAUUCUCCUCUCCAGCAGGCCACUGCUCUGGACCUUACCGACUUUGGCAUCAUGGCUAGUAAUGGCCCUCGAGGUCUAUUUAUUUCUGCCAAGAACCCUGCCGUACUCGAUAUUCACCAUCACAAUCCUUCAGACGCUAACCGAGGCCAUCUUACUCGAGUGGGCAGUGCGGAAAUCCUCAUCAUAUCUCCCGUUUUGGAUUGCCACGACACUUCUCGGCGUAUUGACGAUACUUCUUGUUCUGACGAUGCCCUUCCGAGACCCUCUCUUGCCUUCGAAAGAUAUCAGUCUGCCAGGCACGACCCCGAGCUCGCUUCUGCGCAGUCCCGAGGAGAAUCUGAGCCUCUUCCAAUUCAUGACCGUCAGCUGGCUGAUACCCAUGCUGAAUGUCGGCAGCAAGCGGCAGAUGGAAGACGAGGAUGUCUGGUCUCUUCCCUACGACUUCCAGCAUCGGAGACUCCACGAGAAUUUCCGCAAAUUGCGAGGCACAGUCAUCCAGCGCUUGAUCAGAGCCAACGCUAUCGACCUGAUCAUUGUCACCACCGUUGGAGUCACUGACCAACUUGCCGACUACGGCGCGCCCGUCUUUUUGCAGCUCAUCUUGAGCUCAAUGGAGGAUCCCGAACGACCGAAGCGGGUGGCAUUGACAUAUGCUGCAUUCUCUCUGGCCACCAGGCUCAUUUCCGCGCAGCUCGAUACCCUCCAAAUAUGGUUCGGCAGAAGGUGUUACGAGCGGUGUCGAGGAGAGAUGAUCACCAUGUUAUACGAAAAGACGCUCGGCAGGAAGAUCGCUUUCAAGGCGCCAGAGAAGAAGGAGGCGCAGCCAGAAGAAAGCGCUCGAAAUGCUGCGGCGAAUGGCGAGUCGAGCCCUUCUGAGAAGCGCUGGUUCCAGAAGUUCUUCCAAAAGAACAAGCCGCCACCUCCUGUCAAGGAACCCGCUUCCAUGGGCAGGAUCCUCAACUUGAUGCGCAACGAUGUAUACGAAGUAGCGCAACGAUUCUGGGAAUUUGACUCCAUCAUUCGCAAGCCCAUAGCCAUUGUCUUGUCCAUCACCCUGGUCGUCAACUAUCUUGGCUGGCCUUCCAUGAUGGCCGUCGGUCUUGUUUUCCUGGCUCAGGUGAUGAAUGCCAUUCUGGCUCGAAUCUUGGUACAUUACGAAAAGAAACGACGAUUCGCAACAGAUGCGAAGCUGCAAAUCGUAUCACAAUUCGUCGAAGCGAUCCGGCAUUUGAGGUGGUAUGGCUGGCAAGAGACCUGGCUCAAUCAAGCGUUGACAGCCCGGCAGCGAGAACUGCUACUUCGAGUCAUCUCCAACGCCUGGAACUUGGUCAUUGGAUUUGUGAAUACCUUGUCGUACGAUCUCGUUCCCGUAGUAGCAUUCUUCAGCUACACGGUCAUUGCGAAGAAAGAGCUCACCGUGGAUAUUGCCUUUCCCGCACUACAACUAUUUGCGAUGAUGACCAGUCAGCUGCGUGAGCUUCCCGGGCUUAUAGUUUCUCUGAUCAAUGCCUGGGUAGCUGUACAGCGUAUUGAGGACUUCAUGGCUGAACCGGACCUACAGGAGAUGGCCACAGAAGCGCUGAUUGGAGACAAACUUGCCGUUGAUAAAGCGUCCUUUGCGUGGCCUGGUGCUUCCGAGCCUGUCCUGAAGGAGGUCAAUAUCUCGUUCCCGGAAGGUCUCACGGUCGUUAUUGGCGAGGUCGCGUCGGGAAAGACUGCUCUGCUGCAAGCACUUCUCGGCGAACUUGACAUGCUUGAAGGCCAACUCAUUCGACCUCCCGAGCCGAUCGGUUACUGUGCUCAGAUGCCAUGGCUUCAAAGCAUGAGCAUUCGCGAAAAUAUCCUAUUCUCUGCGCCGUACGAUGACGAAAGAUACCAGGCUGUCCUGGACGCAUGUGCGCUCACGCCAGACUUGGCGGAAUUCAAAGCUGGCGACCUUUCCUUGAUUGGCGAGAACGGCAUUGGUCUUUCAGGUGGGCAGCGAGCACGAGUCGCUCUCGCCCGUGCGGUCUACAGUCACACCAAGAUUCUUCUCCUCGAUGACCCACUCGCGGCGUUAGAUCAGCAAACAGCGGAGUCAAUUGUCCAGGAGUGCUUCACCGGACCUCUGCUCAAAGGUCGGACAACUGUAUUGGUCACACACAGGACUGAUCUGGUCUUGCCCGUCGCCGAUCAGCUCGUUGAGCUCACGGACGGCAAAGCCGCGAUUAUUGAUCAUGAUGCCGCGCCAGCCACGAAGACUCCUGCGGCAGAAGAGGCCGAAGAAGCUCAAGAUGAAGACCAAAAGAAGAAGCAGAAGGCUGCUGCAGUGCCCGAAAAAUUCAUCCAAGACGAGCAUCGUGCGUACGGUGGAGUGAAAGCUUCCGUCUACUGGGAGUACAUCAAAGCUGGAGAUCUUCGUUUCUGGGCACUUACCGUGUUCGCACUCUUGAGCUAUCGCGGGUUUGCAUUGGCUGAAGCAUGGUUCAUCAAAUCCUGGGGAGAAGCAUACCAGACCAAGGCGAACGUCGAUGUCUUCAUCUACAAUGAUGAUGUAGGUUACCACACUUCGGACUUGUUUGACGGCCUACCACCGCCUGACCGGAACAUCAAGCCAUGGCUUAUCACAUUCCUUCUCUUGGCGAUUGGGCAAUCGCUCUCAUACGUCGCCUCCCAAGGUAUGCUUCUGGUCAUCGUCUAUACUGCAGCAAAGAACAUGUUCCGCGACAUCAUGGAGAAGGUGGCAUAUGCGACUUUCCGCUUCUACGACACUACACCUGUGGGUCGAUUGAUGAAUCGCAUGACCUCGGACAUCGGCGUCAUUGACGGCGGCAUCAGCCAGCAAUUCUCGAGCAUAUCCUGGCUGAUGAUUAGUUGGCUAUCGGCGGUGGUGGUGAUUGCGUCGAUAACACCGGCCUUCUUGGUCUUCACCGUCACACUUGCGAUACUCUUUGUCCUGAUCUUCAAGCGCUUCAUUCCCACAUCACAGAAUCUGCGACGACUGGAGAUGGUGUCCCUCACGCCUCUGAUGUCGAACUUCGGGGAAUUGCUCAAUGGCCUGGCCACUGUUCGAGCCUUUUCCGCUCAGUCUCGCUUUCAAGACCGAGUCAUACACGUGGUCGACACCUUCCAAAAGAUGGACCAUUUCUAUUGGAGUACGCAGGCCUGGCUCAUGUACAGAUACGAUGUGUUGGCAUCUUUGGCGACUUUCCUGCUCUUUGUCCUUGCGUUGGCGACCAACCUUUCGCCUGGCUUGACUGCAUUCGCCCUGCUUGCUGCAACCAAGUUCGUCGUGACUACACAUGGCCUUUGUAGGCAGUACGGUCAGCUUCAGAUGGAGUUUGUCUCUGUUGAGCGGGUGGUCGAACUCCUACAUCUGGAACAAGAGCCGAAGGGAGACGUCAGUCCUCCCGCCUGGUGGCCAUCCUUUAAUGGCGACGUCGUGUUCAAGGAUGUGAUCAUAAAGUACGCUCCUCAUCUCGAUCCUGCACUAGCAGGCAUCUCUUUCACGAUCAAAGGAGGUUCGAAAACUGCUAUCAUUGGACGGACCGGGUCGGGAAAGAGCACGCUCGCAUUGUCCCUCCUGGCUACCAUCAUCCCAGAGAUUGGAGACAUCACCAUAGACCAGAUCAAUUUAGCCAAAGUCGACAAACAGCUCCUGCGAACCAGAAUCACAUUCUUGGCCCAAGAUCCCGUUCUCUUCCCCGGCACGAUGCGUAUGAACCUAGAUCCAGUGAAUCUGCACGGCGACGAGGAAUGCGAGACAGUGCUGAAACGAGUCUGCGAAAGACAGAACUGGAACCUCGACACCAACAUCGAAGCCGGAGGCAAGAAUCUGAGCCAAGGACAGCGUCAACUCGUCGGCCUCGCACGUGCGGUCUUGAGGAGAAGCGCAAUCAUUAUCCUAGACGAGGCAACUGCAUCAAUCGAUCGCGAUACCGCCAUGCAGAUCCAGCAAGUCAUGCAUGAAGAGAUGAAAGACAGCACCGUCAUCACCAUCGCUCAUCGUCUCGAGGCUGUCAGGAAUGCCGAUUACUGUAUCGUUCUCGGUAAAGGCAGAAUUCUCGAACAGGGUCCUGCUGCGGAAAUGUUACGGGAACAUAGGAGUGAUGUGGUGGAGAACGUUGAUGAUGAUGAUGAUGAUGAUGAAUGAUGAGUGACGAGUAGAUGGUUUGUAGAUAGAUAGAGAGUGGUAGAUUCAUUCCUCCUUUACAUUCAAAAAAAAAAUAUAUAUUUCUUAAGAUG